CCUCCACAUCUACAAUACCCCUCUUGCCAUCUCACAAACUCAUCAAUAUCAAAUGUUAAAGAAGCAAACUGUACACAUUAUAGAGAAAGCCGAUUUAUUAGAGCAGUCAUUCCACUUUCAAGAUGGUCGCCAUGAUUGCUUCCCUCGUCAGCUACAUCCGCGACCUUACAGCAGCCGAAAAGGCCAUGAUUGACGCCGCCGAUGAGCCAUCCUACAAACAGGGCGCCAAAGACGAUGCUGGCUUCUACAAUCCUUCGCCAAUAGAUAUUUUUGUCGUCCAAGAAAUGCUCAUGGCCCACACCAAGCUGCCUCCCGACGUGAUGGACCUUGUGCUGGAUCUAGCGGAGUACUGGGUAUGCUCCUCGUCCAACCUAGACUUCACACAAGGCAAGAAUGUAGCGUCCGGUGGUGGUAGCCACGAGGAUGUCCUCAUGCUGCGCACCUUGCCUAUUGGCUUAGUUAAUGAUCACGGCGGCCAGUUUAACACCUGCACCUGGAAUUCGGACGAAGAAGUGGAAGAAUACAAUCACAGCGAGGUUUGGCAUGGCAAGACACCCGAACCUAUUCCAAUUGAAAGCCCCGUGAACCGCGACGCUUAUGCAAAGCUGGCAAAUUACCCUCUACCGCGUCUGGUGAAUCCAGUGCGCAAGGUGGUGUUCAACAUUCGCAGCCACGACCAAGGUUGGAGUGGCGAACGCGGCCAAAACCUCGGACCAUAUGAUGCUUCAUGGACAUGGUUUGAAGCUGGACUGGAGGUUCUGGAGAAGGAUGGCGCAACUGGAGAAACCGCAGACCCUGGCCAGGACUUUAAGCUCAAUGACGCGGCUCUCCGAUCGGUAUAUCCCACGUUGACUGAAGGUGAAACACCGAGCCUUAACUUCCGGCUAGAGCCUGCGCCAGGGUGGCUUGUCCAGAAGAACAAACGGGCCGUUCCAGCAUCACAAGACCAUGAGAUUGUCUGGAGCUAUAAUGACUACACGAGUGAAGAUUCUGAGGCGGCUGUGGAUCUCAAGGCUGCUGGCAGAGGCGGCGCAACAAAGAAUGGAGAGUUUGUAAGGCAUCUAGCGGUUGGAGACGUUGUCACCCUUUGGGCAAAGGCUAGAUUUCCAGGCUGGGCAAACACAGUCGAGAAGGCGAGCGUAUCAGUAUAUUGGGCAAUUUAGAUGCAUACUCUCGGAGUCGGUUGGGUAAGGAAGUAUUGCCAAGGGUAACUUGCACUCUACCUUUACGUUCUGAUUCUACAGCCGCAUAUUUCGGUCACCGUAGCUAUUAUUAAUAAAUCAUUUAUUUUCCCCAUUUUCAUUAUAUCGCCUAUUUAAUAUUUAAUAAUAAGCUAUCCUUUACGAAGAAAGCAUCCAGCGCGGGGAAAGGGUCCACACACUAGAAACUACCCGAGAGUUCGUCAGGCCAAACGAACCUCCAGUAAACUCCCAGCGAGAUAAUUAUUACAGGAAAUUAUCUAACAUAAUUAACAGCAAUCAACUGUCUCACUGUGACAUGUCAGUAAUAGGUCACCAUUUUUCGUGCAGCGCAAAGGUUUAUUUACUGAUCGAGAUACUCUUGGCUGUACGGACCCUGACCAGUGGCUUUCUGUAUAAGAAAUACUAGGUCACUGCGACAGCUAUAUAGCUUGAAUGUCUUGAUUCGACCGUCACUGUCAAAAGUUGCGAUGCACGUCUCAGCGAAAGAAGGCAGCACUUUUCCAUGGAUGUUAUAGUCAUUGGCCAGUUCCGUAUAGACCCGACGACUUGCUUCGUCAAAGCCCUGGCUAACAACCCGAUACUUGGAGAGGAACUGGUCCUUUAGGAUAUCUUGCAGAUGCUCGACAAUUUCAGCGUGGCUGCGAGCGGGCGUCUUAUGCUCUCUCAUGCUUCGGAGGUAUACCUCGCAGUCGCUUGCAAAUAGAGCGGCAAAGUCAUCGAAGUCUUUGGUGGAGGAGUCGGUGCGAAGUGUUGCAUACUUGGCAUAGAGGGUGUCUAGCGCGCUUUGUAAAUCUUGUGUAGAAGACAUGGUGGGUGUGGGUAAGUGAAAAUGUAUAAAUAUUUAAUUUCUGAGCUAUGGGGGUUUAGGAUGCAAGGUAGUUGAAGUGGUAAGUAGCAUAGUCUUUUAUAGUUGCUGG